ACAACCAAACAGACACACGCGUCUCCAUUUACGUGAUGAAGAUGAUGACGACGACGACGAGCUCACAUCCUCUCUGAAUUUGCUUGCUACCCUAUGUUCCUUUUACCAGAUUAGGUUAACCAAAACCCUCUAUUUUCUUCUCCAUGGCUUCUUUUACAGUAAUCCUCAAUCUCUCUCCUACUUUCACUCGUCUUCAUCUCCAUCAAUCCUCUCAAAAAUCAUCUUUCUCUCCAUCUCCAUCUCCAUCUCAUUCUCCAAUUCACCAUAACCCUACCUGCCUCGCUCUACAGUCAUCUUCCCUCGAAUCACCACCGGUUCGUGUUAGGGUUUCACCGCCGUCCGAUCCUCGCCAGGAUUUCUAUGUUAAUCUCGGCUUAGCUGUUCGUACUCUCCGCCAUGAUUUACCUCUCAUCUUCUCCACAGAUCUCAAUUACGAGAUUUAUAGGGACGAUAUCACGUUUGUUGAUCCGCUCAACAAGUUUACUGGUGUCGAUAAUUACAAGCUAAUUUUCCGAGCAUUACGUUUCCAUGGGAGAAUACUGUUUAAGGAGAUCUCGUUGGAGAUUUAUAGGGUUUGGCAGCCGUCCGAGAAUCUAAUUUUGAUCCGUUGGAAUCUGAAAGGCGUCCCUCGAGUUCCCUGGGAAGCUAAAGGAGAGUUUCAAGGCACUUCGCGGUAUAAAUUGGAUCGGAAUGGCAAGAUUUACGAGCAUAAGGUUGAUAAUUUGGCUUUCAAUUUCCCGCAGCAGCUCAGACCGGCUAUAUCUGUUCUUGAUUUGGUGGUUGCUAGUCCUGCCACGCCUAAUCCUACAUUCUCGUGGGGGAUUUUGGAUUCGACCUACUCGUCGUCAUGGCUAGACUUCUAUCGUGCGGUUAGGAACACGUUGGAUCCUGGUCAAGAGUUUUCGGAGUUGCAAGAUUGUCAACUAGUUGCUACUUGUGUAUAGUGAGUGUUUAUCUAGCUUAAUAGUUAAUACAACUAUUUUGCAUACUGUUAGAUGCACAUACUCUACAUUCUACUAUAUACACUAUAGCAACACUCCAUUUUGUGGGAAAAAGCUUAAAAGAAAGGAUGUUUGCAGCUAGCAAGAAUUAUGUGAUAUAUGUGUAAUGUAUAGAAUUUCACCAAUAUGUUUUGUUCUAUUUGUCACAAACAUCAUAAUACUUCACCAAAAAUAUCAUUUUUUGAA